UGCUGGGCAAGACCCAUGGGUAACUUAUUACUUGAGCAGCUGUAGUCACCCGUAGUCUGGUAUUUAGCAGAUCUGGUUUGGGUGGAACUGUUGAAGUAGUCUUUCCUUCCCACCGUUGAAGCCAAAGGUCCGCGAGGAAUGUUUUCUCUCGUUUUCUUUUUCGAUCAAAAUUUUGUGAUCCUUUGUAGAAAAUUCGUGCAAAUUGGCAGUACUGAGCCUACUGUUUAGCUUGAGUAAAAGCGGCAAUGGAUAAUCGGUUCCCUGACUCGCGACCGCUCUUGCCGCCUCCAGACGACGGUAUGCAAGGUGCACCUAACUAUGCCAACAGAGACGGUGGAUUUGGUGCAGCUGGAAGUGGACCUAGUUUUCCUCCACCUUCAUCUGGCCAUGCAGCUCGCAUGGCUGGUCCUGGGGGGAUACCGCCUCAUUCUGGUCCACCAGGUCCCCCAGGUGGUCCUCCAAACUUCCCAGGUGGCCCUCUAAUGGUGCCACCAAGGCUGCCACCACCGCACAAUUCUUCAGAUAUGUUCAGCCCUCCUGGUGGCCAUCCAGGCCACAUAGGUGGACCCCCAGGCUAUCCAGAUGGUCCUACAGGGCCUAUGACCAGACCGCCAGGCCACCCAGGUGGGCCCCCACCGCACGGCCCUCCGGGCCACCUAGGUGGGCCACCACCACCCGGCCCUCCAGGUCACCCGGGCGGGCCUCGGCCGCCCGGCCCCCCAGGUCAUCCUAGCGGACCUCCGCCGCCUGGUCAUCCGGGUCACCCAGGUGGUCCACCACCCCUCGGCCCUCCAGGCGGUCCACCCCUCGGCCCUCCAGGUCACCCAGCUGGGCCACCGCCAAUCAGGCCUCCAGGACACCAGGGUGUCCCACCACCAACUGGUCCUCCAGGCGUCCCACCGCUCACUGCUCCCCCAGGUCUCCCGGUUGAACCACCGAUGCCGGGUCACCCAGGACCAGGUGGCCCACCACCUACCGUCCCGCCCGUUCACCUAGGUGGGCCACCAGCAACCGGCCCUCCAGGUCAUCUGGGAGCACCACCACCACUACCUGGCCUCCAUGUCAGGCCACCAGCUGUCCAUACAGGUGCGCCGGCUAGUCCACUACCAAGCUUGCAUCGUCCUCCGUCAGACCCGGCAAGUGUGCCAGUAGGCCAAGUACCCGCCGCUGCUGCAUCACCCACUGGUGCAGCAGUAUCUGUACCUAUUGGCUCUGCCCCAGCACAACACCCGCCAGCCCCUGUCCGUACAACCGGUAUGUCAACAAGUGCUGUGUCGACGACCGCGACAACUACAGGUGCAGCCGAUGUGCACACACCGCCUGCUUCGUCCAAAACGUCCGCCGUCCCUUUCUCGAAUGACGGUAGCUUCCUUGAAAGGUUCCGCGCCAUGCAGCAGCAACAGGGUAAGUGCUCGCCAAAGCCACCGAAGGCGGAGAAAGAAGCUGUGCUGGCUUCAACUCCGGAGGCUGCAACCACUCCUGGGUCACAGGCUGCGUCUGCCAAAUCUGGAUUUGCUAAUGAUGGCUCAUUCCUCUCUCGCUUUCGUACCAUGCAGAAAUCAGGUAGCGCAGAAAAGACAAGCGGUAAAACCCAAGUGCCUGAACAGCCUAAGAUUAAGAAGGAACAAUCAGACAUGUCAGCUGUAACUGGAUCAACGUCAGGCAAGACUACUGUUGCUGCGGCUACUGCUGCUACUUCUUCAACCGUGAAGAAGCCGUCCAAGCCGUUGAAUGGCGCCAUGAAGAACAAGAUUGCCAUGAUGGUUGCACAGUCAAAGAAGCUUCAAAAAACAGACAAGGUCCUUGCCAGUGCUGACAUGUUUGACGAUGAAGAGCUGGACGGCGAGGAAAUGGAGGGCGAGACAAUGGGGAUGUCCUCGGAGGCAAUUGCUGCAGCCAUGAGAGCUGCUGAACAACUUGCUGUCUAUGUUGCUGAAGGUGGCGCUCCUGUGGAGACAAUGGCUAUCAAACAGAAUGAGAGCAAUCGAAAGUUCUGGUGGUUGUACGAGACGGCAAGCACGCCAUAUCGUCACUACAGUGCCAAGGUAUGUGAGCUGUCCGAUGGUGCAGUCAAGCCACAGCACCCUGUGCUUGUACUGCAAGGCCAUAGCACAGACUGUACACCAUCACAUGCACCGCCGUCAUCAUCGGAAUCGGCCGCCGCCACUACCGACCCACCACCUAAGAAGAGAAGAAGUCGCUGGGGCGUGUCAGGCCAGGACAGCUCACACAGCACUGCGUCGCCGAUGUCAUCAGUGCCAGCGCCGUCAGCAUCUUCUAGCGAGACCUCAAUGGCGGCGUUGGCUGCGUUCGCUCCGCCGCACCACUCGCUUGGCACGUCAGACCACGUACAUUCAUCGGCAGCUGCUGCAACGUCGUUCAGCUCCAAGGCAGCUCCGCCACCUACUUCUUAUAGCUCAUCCUCCUCGAGAAGUUCUGGCCAUCGUGGCGGUGGUCGAGGAGACCGUCCCAAUACCAAGCAAGCCGUGGCCAUUAUUGCAGCUCGUGUCGCUGCCAGCCAGGCUGCUCUGGCCGAGCGAGUCAAGCAAGAAAAGCAGGCAGAAGAGGAGGCCUACAACUCACUCUACCCACAGGGUCCUGAAGCCACUGAUCAAACAGCUCUUCAGCAACAGCUAGAGGAGCAGAGAUAUCUCAACAGUCUUGUGGAACGAUACAAGGAGGCAACAGCCAGCGCUGCUGCAGCGGCUGCAACGUCGUCAUCAAGUGACAGCAGAAAGGGCAAGAAACGCCGCAACAAGCACGAGUAUGACAGUGACGAGGACACGGAGGGGGGAACAUGGGAGCAUAAGAAGCGUCGUGAGGAAAUGGAGAAAACUGCCGACAAGGCAUGGACAUUGACACUGCAAGGCCGUGGCAAACAUCACAUAGCCGACUUUAUGCCAAAAGAAGAGAUGGAAAAGUUCUUUGCAAAGGUGAAGGCCAUCAAGGAAGGUGCUCCAUUCGACUUCAGUGACUACUCCGAGCACCGAAUCACGGCUGAGAACCUUGGAUAUCAGCUGCUGCAGUCGGCCGGCUGGGAGGAAGGUCAAGGCCUGGGCUCAGUGGGACAGGGCAUUAAGAACCCAAUUAACACAGGAAAAACCAGCUUUGACCAAUCUGGUGUUGGAGCAGAGCAACCCAGUGAAGUGACAGUCAACGAUGAUGAGUAUGAUCUGUACAGAAAAAGAAUGAUGAUGGCGUACAAAUUCCGACCCAACCCGUUGAACAAUCCACGGCGGCCCUACUACUGAGUUCCGCUUUUUCUCCAGUCACCAUCUUGUCCAAUGCAUAUCCAGCCAGUCUCCAGUCACCAUCUUGUCCAAUGCAUAUCCAGCCAGUCUCUGUGCAUGUGUGAGUGUUGUGUGUGUGUGCGCGCGCGCGUGUUUGAUGUUUUUCGGUAAUUAUUUCGCCUCGGGGGUAACUAUUUCAGCUGUACCAAUAGUGCCCCCUUUCUUUAGCCUGAUAGUAUAUUGGCUGUUUGGCCUGCACUGCAGUUGUUCUUGUUCUGUGUUUAGCUCAUUAUGGGUCUUGUUGCUCGUUCUACAUUUCUGUAGUUCACAUUCAGAACAACAUGUAAUUGUAGAGGAGUUUUGUUCCUAGCUCUUCACAUGCUUCAUUUCUUUGCUCUGAAUCGAUAUGAAUAAUGAAAAACAGAUUUUAACCGUCCA